AGGAGGGCAGCCGGGACUCCAUUUCCCAUCCCCUCCCGCGACAGGGCCGGGCUGGGCCGGCUCCCGAGCCGCCUCAGACGGAGCCAGGCAGCCAGCGCGGCCCCCCUUCCCUCUCCCCCGGUCCCGGCCUCACCAUGAGCAGCGGCAGCGGCGGCUCUUCCCGGCCCAGGACGAGCUCCUUCGCGGACCCCUCAGGCGGCGCACCCGCCCCCGCCGCCCCCGGCCCGACCUCGGCCACAGCGCCAGGCGGGAAGCCAGGGGGGGCCGCCGGGCCUGGGCCGGGGGGAGGCAGCACCAGCACGGCGGUCGGCUCCUUCCCGGGGCUCAAACUGGGGCGAGAUAGUAGCAAAGUGACCACUGUGGUGGCCACGCCCGGCCAGGGUCCUGACCGCCCCCAAGAAGUCUCCUACUCUGACAUCAGGGUCAUCGGCAAUGGGUCAUUCGGGGUCGUCUACCAGGCCCGACUGGCAGACUCUGGGGAACUGGUGGCGAUCAAAAAGGUGUUGCAAGAUAAACGGUUCAAGAAUCGGGAGCUCCAGAUCAUGCGGAAGUUGGAUCACUGCAACAUCGUUCGCCUGCGGUAUUUCUUCUAUUCAAGCGGGGAGAAGAAGGACGAGGUUUAUCUUAAUCUAGUCCUGGACUAUGUGCCCGAGACAGUCUACCGAGUGGCUCGCCACUUCACCAAAGCCAAACAGACCAUCCCCGUCAUCUACGUGAAGGUGUAUAUGUACCAGCUCUUCCGCAGUCUCGCUUACAUCCAUUCCCAGGGCGUCUGUCACCGGGACAUCAAACCCCAAAACCUACUUGUGGACCCCGACACAGCAGUGCUGAAACUGUGUGACUUCGGCAGCGCCAAGCAGCUGGUACGGGGAGAACCCAACGUUUCCUAUAUCUGUUCUCGCUACUACCGCGCCCCCGAGCUCAUCUUCGGAGCCACCGAUUACACCUCAAACAUAGAUAUCUGGUCUGCUGGUUGUGUUCUGGCAGAACUGCUGCUGGGGCAGCCAAUAUUCCCUGGGGAUAGCGGGGUGGACCAGCUGGUGGAAAUCAUCAAGGUGCUGGGGACCCCAACGCGAGAACAGAUCCGAGAGAUGAACCCCAACUACACGGAGUUCAAGUUCCCCCAGAUCAAAGCACACCCCUGGAUAAAGGUUUUCAAGCCCCGUACACCGCUGGAGGCCAUCUCGCUGUGCAGCCGGCUGCUGGAAUACACGCCCGCCACUCGCCUCUCCCCCCUCGAGGCCUGCGCCAACAGCUUCUUCGACGAGCUGCGUGAGCCCAACACCCGGCUGCCCAACGGCCGCGACCUGCCCCAGCUCUUCAACUUCAGCCCUGUGGAAUUAUCCAUCCAGCCGCUGCUCAACCCCAGCCUCAUUCCACCCCACAUCCGGUCCCAGGCUGGCUCAGUGGGAUCCGUGCCUGGUUCCACAACUGCACAAAGUGAAGGGAGAUUGGGAGGCGACAGGAGCCAGGUGACGCCUGGAGACGGUGCAGGACCCAUCGCCAACACAUCCUGAGGGGCUGCUGGGCCGGGGGGCAGGUCCCCUCCACUAUCCCCCACCCCCCAGGCCACCCACAAGGACUUCUCUGAACUGUGAACGGUGGGGGAAAGAAGACAGCGGCCCAGGAGACCACACGGAGCCUGCCUCCUGUCGGCCAGGGGGGAGGCCAGUUGGAGACGAGACGACGGCUUGGACGGGAGGGGGAAGUUCCCACCUCCCCAAGUCACUUGCCGCGGCUCCCUCUCGCGUUGCCCCAUGAGGCCUCGGCACGGGGAGAGGGCAGGGGAAUCCCACGGUUUUAAGGGCUCCCGUCUUUUCAACAAGCAGUUCAGGCAGGUGUCUCUGGGGAGGGGGAGAGACCCGAGAGCUGCCGUGACACUUCCUCUCUCCCCCUCCCCCUCCCCCCGGUAUGUCCCACCUUGAUUUUAAGUUCCUCUUGUUUUUAACAUCCCAUGGAACUAACAUGGUUUUAUUUCUAGCCUCACACUGCCUACAGUUCCUGAAGUACCACACUGCUGCCCUUCGACGCACUCUACGGUCUCCUCACCAGGUCCCCUCUCCCUCUGCCUCUGAAACUCGGAUGCUGUAUUUUUAAGCGGGUCGACUUUUUGUUUGGUUUUUUUAAUCCCAAUCAUCCAUUCGGACGAUCUCAGACCGUUCCUCUUUCCCCCCGACCUUGGCUCUCCCCUCAUCCCCGCCAUUCAUCGGCUGCGCCUCCGCCAUAGACUCUUCCUUACUGGGAACAAGAAUCUUCUCUCUCCCACCUCCUCCCCUCCCCCCCCACCUCAGCUUGUCUUGGGGGCACGGCCAACCAUUCAUUGCACAUCCAACUUUCUGGCAUCGACGGCACCUGAGUUUCUUCAGGAAGUCCCACGUUUUGCAACAGGGUGGUAUUAAGGGUGCUCUGCCCCAGCAGCGGAAGCGCGCUCCCCGUCACGGACCUUUCCCAGCGCCUCCUGGGUGGGGAGGAGCUCUCAAAAGGCACACAGAGAAGACUGGUUUUAAGUCCCUGCCCUCCCCUUUUCCAGCUGUAAAUACAUCUUCCCUUUUGCCCCACCCCUCUCCCUCCCAGACAAUUCCCUUGUACCGUUCUCCAUGUAAAUAGAUUAUUUUUUUUCUUAACGCAACGUUGCAAUACCUGCCCUCCCCCCCCUUCCCCCCCAAACCGUGCUCUCCCGCCCUCUGCCUUCAAAUCGCUGUAGGAUUGAAGGUUCCCCCCGGGGGAGCCAGGGUACAGCCUGUGGAUAAUCCCCCCACCCUCCCCACACACCGUCAUCACUGCCUUCCUCUUCCAACAUUGUGUGUUAGUUUCUUUCUUAGGUUUUUUGGCUGUGUACAGACAUCCGGUUCAAUAAAUUAUUGGCAUGAACGGAAA